GGCGGCGGCAGCAGCAGCAGCAGCUCACCAUCGCACUCCUCACCUGAGGAUUCCGAAGCCUCGUCCGCCGUCGGGGCACCCUCAGGCUCCUCCUCUGGAGGGGGAUCCCGGGGCUCCUCGUCUUCAAAAGGUGACUCAUCAAACGGGGCUUCCUCCGCUGCGUCAUCCUCUCUGUCGUCGUCCUCCUCCUCCUCCGCCGCCUCCAGCGCGACUUCCUCCUCGAGCGAAUGGGACGAUUCCGGGUCGUUGGACUUCCCGGCUCCCGGCAAGGGAUUCCACUGCCAUGGGUACUACCUAAAUACCGAAGACCAACGGGACGCCUACUGCCAGGACUUCGCGGACCCGGCGGUCGGACAGUGUGGGAUCAAGUGCGCUGUGGCCACCAAUGCCUUUCUCGCAUGCACGCCAGGCAUCAGCCGGACCGCCUGUACUCGGUACAUGUUGGACUACAUCGACACCUGUGAGCAAGUGCAUCCCGGGUCCUACGCUGCCCUUAUGCCAAUCGAUUUGGUGUGCAAUGAUGCCAUCUCCGGCCAUCUCCCUGGGGCACGGGUGGCUCUCAAACUUGCGGUAUUGGCCAGCAUCUGGAUGGGACUGCUGGUACUCUAAGUGGAGGACCGGCAAGCCACACGCGGCCACACGCGGCCACACGCGGGCACACGCGGGCA